UACCUCUCCUACAAACCACAGCAUUGCUAGUGCUAUAUAUAGAGGUCCAUUUUAGGGUCUAGUAGUCCUCAUCAAGCACUUCUUUCUUAGUCAUUCACACACUUUCUUUUGCUUACUUUGUUGCUCUGAUGAUCUGAGUCUUUCAGUCAAGACAAUGGCUUCCACAGGAAAGCUUAAUGUAGACAUGGAGGUCAAGUCUCCGGCAGAUAAGUUUUGGGAAAGCGUUAGAAACUCAAACACUCUGUUCCCAAAGCUCUUCCCUGACCAGUACAAGAGCAUUGAAGUACUUGAAGGUGAUGGCAAGUCUGUUGGCUCUGUUCGUCUGGUGACUUAUGCUGAAGGGUUGCCCCUUGUUUCGGUGUCGAAAGAGAAGAUUGAUGCUGUGGAUGAAGCAAACAAAACAGUUUCCUACAGUGUCGUCGGUGGCGAGCUCCUGAAAUACUACAAGAACUUCAAGGCUCACCUUACUGUGACUCCAAAGGGAGAUGGGAGCUUGGUGCUAUGGUCCUGUGAGUUUGAGAAGGCAACUGAAGAGGUUGUUGACCCACACUUCAUCAAAGACUUUGCGGUCAAGAACUUCCACCACUUGGAUGGUUACAUUCUGCAGCAACCAAACUAAACUGUUUCUGAGCAAAAAUAAAUAAUCUGCAGUAGUCUGAAUCUGCAGUUAUGAUAGUUUAUAUUUCUGUGUGCGUGUGUUGUGGCUGGAUCAAUGUAUUGGUUCCUGUCACUAGUUAAUAAUAUAUAUAUUAAUCCUAAUGCUUCUUAUUUGGGCAAUGCAAAUGGUGGAAAUUUUACAACUAUUUCAAAUAAGAAUUUUGGUUUCAAUUUUUUUUUUUUUACAAUGAGAAUUGUGCGGUUAGAAUUUGGCUUCGACCACCAACUUUAUUGUUAGAAAUAAAUUGACAACAUGGUUUUUAAUCUAGUUUAAGUCACAAUGAUCAAUUGUUGAGUUUGAGGGAAUAGUCGGUACAAGUCUAUAGCUAAAAAAGAAAAAAAGAAUUGACAACUUGUUUAGCAGCACAUUAAUGUUAAAGUUACA